AUGAUUGCAAUCUUAGAGCCAGUGUUGCUUUUGUUGGUUUUGAGCACACCGAGCUGUUUGGUACUAUGCGAUUGUUUCGAUGUACUGACCGGUCGACGCUAUCCAGAGAAGUCCGUAUGGGUUCGGAGUGAAUUCUUUAAUGUGACCUGUGAGAAUGGACGAAUGAAGGUGUUAAAUUGUAUCAGUGAUUUUGGAACGAGGAUUCCGCUUCAGACGGAUUCAUUCUGGGAGAAUAGCAUUGAAUAUUCAUGCAUAGAUGAUGAAAGUGGUGAGCGAGGUUUGGACGGCAAUGAAGCGUCCGGAGAGGAACCGACUUCAGAAGGGUGCAGCGGUGACCGGACGGAAUUCUUUGCGAAUCAUUUUGUUAUUUCAUGUAUUACCAAAGAGUAA